AUGGAACCGAAGAGACUAACGGCGGCAUCAGCUCCGGUAUUCCAAGAAGGAAUAAGCUUGAUCCUCACUCGGUGGUCGGCUCUAUCCGCCGCCGUUGAAAACGAGUGGGGCGGCCGUGAUUCCAGCGGCAAAGCCAACGCCAUCUGCACCGACGUCGUCUCGUUUUUCACUGCAUCAAGAGCGGAGCCGCUUUACAUAGAUGAUUUGGAAAAUAUUUUAGAGGAAGGCUUGCUUAGUCUCAAUACAUUGGUUGAAGAUGGCAGCAUUGAGGAGGUGGCCGAGAAGUUGAUGAUUAUGCAUGAAGAAUGUUUGGAAGGAAAUUAUCAGUCUGUUGAAAAGCUGAGGACAACGAAUCCUCCACCUGCUGCACAUGUCCAACCGAGUAACGACGAAGAUGAGGAUGAUGACGAUGACGACGAAGAUGGUAGCAUGAGCGGGGACAGUGCAGCAAACAUGAUGGUGGGUGUACCAAAUUCUCAAUCAAGUUCGAAUCCGGUCGGUAAGCCGACGGAUGAGCCGAAACCGAACCAUUCAGCUGGUUCCGAAGACGGUUGGGCUGUAGUCUCGUCCCGGAAGAACAAAGGUAGAAGGAAUUAAGCUGUGAAUUUUCGGUAUGCUAAUGGUGCUUAUGAGUCCUUUUAAUGUUUUAUAUCGAAAGAAGGUUACAUAUAUUAAUGGAUAAUGAUAUGUUUCGGUUCUGCUGUUC